AUGGGUUGCCGGAAGCAGCUGUUUGGAGAGAAGAGCAAUUGUAAAGGGGUUGUGACUGAAUCGUCAGCAUCGCAGACAAUGCACACAACUAAUGUGGCUGUGGCAGAUGGAAGAUCAGAACAAGAUCACGAUGGGUUACCGGCAUGCAUUUCAGAAGGUGGAACAUCAUCGUGCACACCAGGCCGUAACGAGGAUGUUGUGGCUGGCAUUUCAGAAGCCGGAACAUCAUCCAGCAGAGGCAUGUUCUCACCAAUGGCAAUAGUUACAGAAAGCGAGAACGCUACACCAGAUGCCGAAAAAGAAAAAGAAGACAUUGAUCCUGCCCUCAUUCCUAGGCCUGGGAUGUCAUUCAGAAACCGAAAAGAGGCCAGGGCUUUCUAUGAAGCUGCAGCAAUGAGGGGGUUCAUACUUACUUUAAAAAAAAUGAGGAGCUGCGUGUUAGGAACAAUACCACAAAGAAGACACUGCAUGUCGAAGAUGAAGCUUAAAAGAAUUUAUGAUGAAAACAAGAAUGAAAUAUCAGUGGUGAUUGAGCAAGUGGAUCUAAUGCAUAACCAUCCAUGUCUUAAAAAGAAAGAAGAAAUAAUAAAUAUGAGAUCACACAAGGAAAAGGAUCCGGUAUUACUUGAGUUUGUUGAUGACCUCCAAGCAGCGGAUGUCCCGCAUCAUAGUAUACAGAACAUUGUUAGGGACAUGCAUGGGGGAGGUGAGAACGUGCCAAUGACCAGGCGGGAUCUUGAGAACAGGAAGGCGGCUAAUGUGAGGGCAGAACAUGCCAAUGACAUUGCGAAGCUUCUAGAAUUCUUUGAAGACUGCAAGGCGCAGAACCCACAAUUUUGUUGUACAGCCAUUCCCUUUGCACCUCUAUUUCGUGAAGCCGAUGCAGAUGUUCUACCAGGAGAGGAGGGUAACCUCUCGCCUUGUGGCAAAGGGACCUCAUACCUAAAUGGGAAAUUAUCACAUUAA